AAACCAGGAUCAGCCCAAUAGUUCAAGCUCUUCGUGGUCUGGAUCAGGUGUGUUGGGAGUAGGGAAAGUUAGAGUUGGAAACCAACUCCAAAUCCAAACAGAUUUAACUCCAGUAUUAAAGCUGAUUGUUCUGGUGGAAUCUUGUGCAAACACUUCAAAUAGUUUGUUUUAGAAAUGUAUACAGGCUAUCCAGACCAGUUUCAGAUGGUGAAUACAAAUUGAUGGUGUUCUGUACAGUGACCUUGCUGAAUUUAUUUAAAAAAAAAAAGACAAGAGUAAAGGCCUUAUUGACAGUCUUGGCUCUCCAGCAGCAGUAGAGUAUUGGCAGGCGAAACCUGAUUGUUCUUUUAUUUUAAUAUAACUCAUUUUUACAAACCCCAGAUGACUUUUCUCUGUAGAUUGUGUUCUUGUGUCCUCUUGUAUUUGUGUAGCAAUCAAAAAAUGAGCACUCUUACCAUCAAGAAACUCUCUGCUGAGGAGGAAUACCCAGACCUCAGCCAGCACAACAACCAUAUGGCCAAAGUUCUGACACUGGAUAUGUACAAGAAGCUCCGUGAGCGUUCCACUCCCAACGGCUUCACCGUAGAUAAUGUCAUUCAGACUGGUGUAGAUAAUCCCGGCCACCCCUUCAUUAUGACUGUGGGCUGUGUGGCCGGAGAUGAGGAGACCUAUGAGGUGUUUAAGGAUCUGCUGGACCCCGUCAUCGAGGACAGACAUGGUGGAUACAAACCCACUGAUAAACACAAAACUGACCUGAACCCAGACAACCUCAAGGGUGGGGAUGAUCUGGAUCCCAACUACGUGUUGAGUUCUCGUGUGCGAACAGGCAGGAGCAUCCGUGGCUUUUGCCUGCCACCACACUGCAGUCGUGGAGAGAGGAGAGCUAUUGAAAAACUCUCUGUGGAAGCUUUAGGUGCCCUGAGUGGAGAUCUGAAAGGGAAAUACUAUGCUCUGAAAAAUAUGACAGAAGCGGAACAGCAGCAGCUGAUUGAUGACCACUUCCUGUUUGACAAGCCUGUGUCUCCCCUGCUUUUGGCCUCUGGAAUGGCCCGUGAUUGGCCCGAUGCCAGGGGAAUAUGGCACAAUGACAACAAGACAUUCCUUGUGUGGGUGAAUGAGGAGGAUCACUUGCGUGUCAUUUCCAUGCAGAAAGGUGGCAACAUGAAGGAAGUGUUUAAUCGUUUCUGCACAGGCCUCACCAAGAUCGAGGAGCUGUUCAAGAGCAAGGGGCAUGCGUUCAUGUGGAAUGAGCACCUGGGCUACGUCCUCACCUGCCCAUCUAACCUGGGUACAGGGCUGCGUGGAGGUGUGCAUGUCAAACUCCCCAAUCUGAGCAAGCACAACAAGUUUGAGGAGGUGCUCAAGAGAUUACGCCUGCAGAAGCGUGGAACAGGUGGUGUGGACACUGCUGCAGUGGGUGGUGUGUUUGAUAUCUCUAAUGCUGACCGGCUGGGCUUCUCUGAGGUGGAGCUCGUUCAGAUGGUGGUAGAUGGAGUCAAGCUGCUUGUGGAGAUGGAGAAGCGACUGGAGAAAGGCCAGGCCAUUGAUGACCUCAUACCUGCUCAAAAGUAAAUCCAGCAACCAUCCUUCUACCUCGCUCAUCCAAAAUUCCCCUUUUCAUCCCACCUCCACAUCCCACUCCUAGGAGAUCAAUAAAAGAAUGUAUAUUGUAUUUAAGACACCUUUAAUAUGGUGACAAAAUAAAAGUUCUGCCAGUUUA